UAUCUCACAGUAUUUUCGUUUUGUCAACAUUACAGUAGAAAUGGAAAAGUUAGAAACUGGAUUGAAUACAGAAAAUUUGGAACAAGUGCUAUAUUUUAGAAGUUCUUUUCUGAAAUUGAGAAAAAUCAAACGUGUUGUUUGAUAAUCCUUCUUUCCAAGAUUUUUUUGUCAAAAUUUCAACCCAGUGUGUCAUUCAGCAUCGACGCAGGUGUGUCCUCUGGUGGUGCCGUUGAAAGGUUUCAUUCCUUUACACGUGAAUUUCAAUCAUCUUUUUUUUUGACCCAGUAUUAAAUUUUUUUCAAUUAUGGAGUCGUGGGACGACGAUAAUUUCGAACCUCCUGUAAUAGCACCUGAAAACCCAGUUGUGAAUAAAUGGGCUGGAGAAGAUGAGGAAGAAGAAAUUAAAGAUAAUUGGGAGGAUGAAGAUGAGGACAAAAAGGAAGAGGAAAUUAAAGUAGUUGAACCUGUCAAGAAAUCUAAAAAGAAAAUUCUUAGUGAAAAAAUUGCUGAAAAAGAGCGGAUGAAAAAGGAUGAUGAUAAAAGAAUAAAAGAAUAUGAAGACGAGGAGGAAAUAAGUCCAGAGGAGAGGUUGCGCAGACAGAAGGAGUCAGAUUUAAAAUUAGCUCUUGAAACUACAUUCUCCACAGGAGAUUCUUUGGGUGAUUUACCUACAAGUAAAGAUGAAAUUCAAGAAUUUGGAGAUAACCUCUGCAAGAAACUUUUAUCGAUGUCAAAGAAUGCUGAAUUUGUAAAUUUCGCAGAAAGUCUUGUGAGGAAUUUAUGUGCAGGAUUGCCUUCUCAUGAUAUUAGAAAGAUUAAAAAUAGUUUAGAUAAUUUAUAUCUAGAGAAACAGAAAAUCGAAAAAGGAGAUAAGGCGAAGAAAAAUAAAGGAAAAGGAAAGGUGAAACUGAAAGUAGAUGAUCCAAAUCCUCUGUCCGCCUAUGUCAACGAUUAUGAUGAUUUUAAUGAUUUUAUGUAGCGAACAAAAUGCGUAGUUAGGUUUUCAAAUGAUUUGAAUAAAUUGUUAUAUUGUUCAAGGAUGUUUGAUUCCUGGUAUAUUGUGGAAGAAAUUUGGGAUUUUUUACUAUCCUUAGUUUUAGGUCACUUUUAUUUUAUCAUUUGAUUUGAAGCCCUUCAUAUUUUUUCAAUUGGAAUUUACAAUUACAGCUGAUGAAUUUUAUGCUGGCAUUAACAAACUGCCCAAAGUGUACUGAAAUUAUUUUCGAAUUUUUAAUGAGAAAGUGUUUGUACAUAAGCAAAUGUCGAUUUAAACAUUAUUGUUGUGAAUAAAAAGAAUUUGUAAGAUG